AUGUACGGCAAAACCAUAUGCAUCAUCGUCUUCUUCGUCUUCCUCAUUGCUUCCUACUCAAUCUACAUGGGAACCGUCGAUCCACGACCUUACUUCUCUCAGCUCCAGUCUCAGCCCGGUAAAGCCUCUCCCUGCAGCUCCACCGGACGGCCUCUCCGCGUCUUCAUGUACGAUCUCCCUCGAAAGUUCAAUGUGGCGAUGAUGGAUCCUCACAGCUCAGACGUCGAGCCUCUCACCGGAAACAAUCUCCCUUCCUGGCCUCAGACUUCCGGGAUCAAACGACAGCACAGCGUUGAGUAUUGGCUCAUGGCUUCCUUCCUCCACGGCGGCAUCAGCGGCGGCGACGGCGAGGAUGAGAAAGAGAAAGAGGCGGUUAGGGUUUUUGAUCCGGAAUUGGCGGAUGCCUUCUACGUCCCUUUCUUCUCUUCGCUUAGCUUCAAUACCCACGGGAAGAACAUGACGGAUCCCGAUACGGAAGUCGAUCGGCAAUUACAGGUUGAGUUAAUGGAAUAUCUUGAGAACUCCAAGUAUUAUCAACGAUCAGGAGGAAGAGACCAUGUGAUUCCGAUAACACAUCCAAACGCAUUCAGAUUCCUCAGGCAGCAAGUGAACGCAUCGAUCCUCAUCGUUGUUGACUUUGGGCGUUACCCUAUAGAGAUGGCACGUCUCGGCAAAGACGUGGUUUCUCCAUACGUACACGUCGUUGAGUCCUUCGUAGAGGACGGUGUUGAUGAUUCUCAUGAUCCGUUCGAGUCUCGCACUACGCUUCUUUACUUCCGUGGGAACACAGUGAGGAAAGCCGAAGGUAAAAUCCGUCUCCGGCUGGAGAAGUUACUUUCCGGUAACUCUGAUGUUCACUAUGAGAAGAGUGUAGCCACAACACAUAACAUCGAAGUGUCUACGGAAGGGAUGAGAACGUCGAAAUUCUGUCUGCAUCCAGCAGGAGACACUCCGUCUUCAUGCAGGCUAUUCGAUGCAAUCGUCAGUCACUGCAUCCCCGUCAUCGUAAGCGACAAGAUCGAGCUUCCUUUCGAAGAUGAGAUAGACUACACAGAGUUCUCGCUCUUCUACUCUGUGAAAGACGCGCUUGAGCCGGGUUACAUUCUUGAUAACCUCCGGCAGUUUCCGAAGGAGAAAUGGAUGGAAAUGUGGGAGAAGCUGAAGAACGUGUCGCAUCACUUUGAGUUUCAGUAUCCUCCCAAGAGAGAAGACGCGGUGAAUAUGUUGUGGAGACAGGUGAAACAUAAGAUCCCUAAUGUGAAGCUCGCUGUACAUAGAAACAGGAGGUUAAAAAUCCCUGAUUGGUGGUGA